AAAGCAUGCACCAAUGGCAUUGGAAAAUGUUUUAUGUUACAAUGCACCAACCAAAUUAACAUAAUAUAUAGAUAGCACUCUUCUCUGUGUCUCUCUGCUCCUGCAAGUAAAAUGGCAAGAGCAGCUUACAAUCACCUUCACUUGGUUCCCAGUUUAGUUCAUCCUUUGAAGUCACCCCUCUUCAGAAAUCACACUCUUUUCACCUCACACACUCGCCUCUAUGGUAUUCAACGAAGGUUCUCUUCUUCUUCAUCCAAGAUAAGCAUGAGUCUCAAGGCUGGCAUCGUUGGCCUCCCCAACGUUGGCAAGUCCACUCUCUUUAAUGCCGUUGUGGAAAAUGGAAAGGCUCAAGCUGCUAAUUUUCCAUUUUGUACAAUAGAGCCAAAUGUAGGGAUUGUUGCUGUUCCAGAUUCCCGUCUCAAUGUGCUCUCCGAUCUUAGCAAAUCUCAACGAGUAGUUCCAGCAUCAAUAGAAUUUGUAGAUAUUGCUGGGCUUGUCAAGGGUGCAAGUCAAGGCGAGGGACUGGGUAAUAAGUUUUUAUCACAUAUUCGUGAAGUGGAUUCUAUACUUCAGGUUGUAAGAUGUUUUGAAGACAAUGACAUUGUUCAUGUGAAUGGGAAAGUUGACCCCAAGUCUGAUAUUGAUGUCAUCAACUUGGAGCUUGUUUUCUCAGACCUGGACCAGAUUGAUAAAAGAAUGGAUAAACUAAAGAAAGGCAAGGCGAAGGAUUCACAAUCAAAACUCAAGGAAGAGGCAGAAAAGUCUGGAUUGGAAAAGAUUUGUCAGGCUCUGAUGGAUGGAAAACCUGCACGGUCGGUGACCUUAACAGAUUUUGAAAGGGAUGCUAUAAAGCAUCUCUGCUUGCUCACCAUGAAACCUAUUAUAUAUGUAGCAAAUGUUGCAGAAUCUGAUCUAGCUGAUCCUACAAACAAUAAUUAUCUAAAGGAUGUCACAAAUGUUGCAUCUGCGUUGCAGUCAGGAAUUGUAACAAUUUCAGCACAGGUUGAGGCAGAGCUUACUGAACUACCAAUUGAAGAAAGAGAAGAAUAUUUGAAAUCUCUUGGUGUAAGUGAAAGUGGUCUUGGGAACCUAAUUAGGGCAACCUAUGACCUUUUGGGGCUGCGUACUUAUUUUACUUCUGGUGAGAAGGAGACAAAAGCAUGGACAAUACUUGCAGGAAUGACUGCACCUCAAGCUGCUGGAGUUAUUCACUCUGACUUUGAGAAGGGUUUCAUUCGAGCAGAAACUGUGUCAUAUGAUGAUUUUGUUGCUGCUGGUUCACUAGCUGCAGCGCGAGAGAAAGGACUUUUGAGAUCUGAAGGUAAAGACUACAUUGUACAAGAAGGAGAUGUCAUGCUGUUCCGAUUCAAUGUGUAGCAGAAUUUACUGCUCCCAGCUGCAAGUCAGUGGAGAAGUUGAGAUAUGUUUAUGAGACUAAGGUCAGAAAAUUUUUUCAGCCAAUUGCUGAUUAUAGUUUGGAUAAUCAAUGUUUGUUUCUAGUGAUAAAUACUCUCAGCUAGGUGUCAGUGGUGAAGUUGAGACAAUUUUUUAUUUUAGACAAGUUAGAAAUUUUUGACAUAAUUAAUGACUACAGUUCAGAAUUUUUUCAGCCAAUUGCUGGUUAUAAUCUAAAGAGACAUUGUUUUGUAAUUCUGUUUUAGUGAAAGCAAAUUUCAUAGUGCAAUACAAUGAAUAUGCUU